GAGUGGUAUGUGACUGAAACUGAGAUAUUACAGUAAAAAGCAUGAUUUUUCCUAGAAUUGUGUGAAAUGCUUAUGUUUUACAGACAAUUCUUAGUGCUAGUGUCAUGAUGUGGUACAAAAAUUUUAUUUGAUCUUUUAUUUAUUUAUUUAUAUUUUGCACAGGUUGUUUGUCAGCAAUGAUAUUCCAAUCAAUUUAAUCUGACAAUCUACAGUCAGAUUAAAAAAUAUCCCUUUCUUGUUAGAAUCUUCUCAAUUAAUAGUUAGCCUACUAGUUAUUUACAAUCUUCAGGAAACACUUGAAACCAGUUUAAUGGGCAUUCAAGAUCUAAUAUCAUCAUUGGCAGACAAUCCUUAUUUUGGGGCAGGUUUUGGGCUGUUUGGGCUUGGAGCUGCCACUGCUGUGUUAAGGAAAAGCUUUAUGAUUGGCUCAAUACUCUUCCGCCGGCACUACAUGACCACACUUGAAGUACCGUGCCGAGACAAGUCUUACCAGUGGGUGCUUGCUUGGAUCACCGAGAGAGGUGCUCAGAACACUCAACAUCUCAGUGUUGAAACAAAGUUCACUCAAAUCGAGACUGGCAAGGCAAUUACAAAACAUGAGUUCAUACCCAGUGUUGGGGAACAUUUCUUUUGGUACUGUGGCUCAGGCAUUAUUGUGCAGCGCGAUCGCUCUGAGAGCUCAGUAGACGUGCAUUUGGCCGUUCCAUUUGAAAGCCUAACUCUUACAAGUCUUGGACACCAACGCCAACUCUUCUACAGUCUCUUAGAUCAGGCCCGAGAACUUGCCCUGGUCAAGACGGUCGGCAAGACGAUCAUGUACACGGCUAUGGGCAGCGAGUGGCGCGUGUUUGGCAACCCACGCAACCCCCGACCCUUGCACUCUGUCGUCCUCGACACCGGCGUCGCUGAACACAUCGUCCAGGACGUCAGAGAAUUUAUGGACAACUCCAAGUGGUAUAUUGACCGCGGCGUGCCCUACAGAAGAGGCUACCUGCUACACGGGCCUCCAGGUUGUGGUAAGAGCUCGUUCAUCACGGCACUGGCAGGCCACCUGCAGUUGUCUGUGUGUGUGUUGAACUUGAGCGAACGCGGCCUCACUGACGACCGCCUCAACUACCUGCUCGCCGUGGCUCCUGAGAAUAGCAUCAUCCUGCUCGAGGAUAUAGACGCUGCCUUCGUCAGCAGGGAAGACAGUGAAAAGGUGCGCGUGGCGUACGAGGGGCUGACACCGGUGACGUUCAGUGGCUUCCUUAACUGCCUGGACGGUGUCGCCUCCACAGAGGCCAGGAUCGUCUUCAUGACCACUAACUACCCUGAAAGGCUUGACCCCGCGUUGAUCAGGCCAGGUCGAGUUGACUCCAUCCAUCACAUCGGCCACUGCACCAAAGAGCAGCUAAUGAAACUCUUCGAACGAUUUUUCCCUGAUGAACCUCCUAAUUCAGCUCAGCGCUUCGCCGAGUCGGCGCUCAGUGCGGGGACGCCGCUGAGCGCUGCUCAGGUCCAGGGACACUUCCAGCGCCACAAGUACAGCCCUGCGGAGGCAGUGAGUCUCGCUCACCAAGUCGUGGGUGACGACAGAAAGACCUGGGCGUCCUCUGGAACGUCAUUGUCGAUGCGGAAAUUUAGUUCUAUGUCAGUUAACAACGGCGCGCGGCCCUUCAGUUCAACUAGUUUUCUUCGACCGAAUAUUAGUAAUGAAAGCAAAAGAUUUUUUGGAAGUUCGUGUUGCCAAUCUGGAUUAACAAGUAAAAACUUGAAGACGAAGUUUUGUCCAAACGAAUUAUGUAUAUUUUACUUUCAUAAUGAUUACCUACUGUUAUAGUAAUUCGUUACAAUCUAAUGUAAUAAAUAAAU